AUGACCGCAAGCAAGUGGCGCUUAAACAAGACCGAGGAGAAGACUUGCGAGGAGCAUGGAAAAGCGGCAGAAGCAGCCUCUAUCGCUGCAGGCAAAUCCAAGCAGGAAGCCAAGUCAGAUCGGGAGACUGCGAAGAACCAGAUGGCUCAGGAGAUCAAGGAGGCGAAGGCUAAGCGUGCUGCAGCCAAGGCAGGGCCAAGAUCCACCCCUGCUGCCGCAGCCCCGGCGCCAGCUGAUCCUUCCGCGGCGGUGGUGGUGACUCCUUCUCCCUGCCACAACACCGGCUACUACACAGCGGUCAUCAAUGCUCGUGAUGAAAUCCUGAAGCAUCCCAUCUUCAGAAACAUGAUAAGCGAGGCCCCCAUGAAGAUCAGCGAUGCAGUGGCUGCUCAUGAGUGUGGGGUGCAGUCUGUGUUUGAUGCUGCUGACUGCUCCACCGCCCUGAAGGCCCAGGGUGUGUACAGAGCCGCUGUGAACAUGUUCUGGGUGGAUAUGAUGUUAAGUGCCACACCCAACGUGCCCCUGAACUUGAGCCGCACCAAAUCCUUCUCAGACCAGUUCUUCCGGAAAGGGCCAGCCCACCUCCGGAACCCGAUCGUCAUCGCCGUCGCAGGUGCAGACGCGGAGGUCGAUCGGAUGAAGGGGAGCUGGCAAAUGAUUUCGCCAGAGGAAAUGGUGCACUCUGUCAUGCUCUUCGUGGCAGGUCGAAUCAACGAAGGAGCUGAGGAUAGUGAGCUCCAGCAGUGGAAAGCGAUCCUCUUAUCGACUCCCGCCCAGUUCGAGAUUGUCAGUGGGGAAGACGCAAUUUACUGGGCUGCCUACGAGGCCCGUCAACAGAUCACCCAAGCCCACGACAGCAUGAAGCGCACGGCGCGGCAGAUGUGCCAUGAAGUGGUCGGCUUCAAGAACCGCAAGGAAGCAGCCAUCGGCACACCGCUGAAACACAAGGAAUUGCAAGACCUGUACAAGUCCCGUCCGAAUGCCACGUCCACGGAAAUCGCAGACGGCUUCAUUGCUUCCGCCCUGAAAGUCUACGACCGCAUGCUGAAUAUCCCGGAGGUGAACAGCGUUUUGGACGAGCUGGAGGCGCGGCAUGGCUUAGCUUCGUGUUUCAACAGCAUGGACAAACUCAAGAUCGUGGCCGAAAAGUGCGACAGCAAAGAGCAAAAGAUCUGGGUGAUGCAGGGGAUUCUCGACCUCUUGAAGCAAGGGUCGACUGUGCUCAGGAAUGAGGGCGUUACCCAGGCUUGGCUCUCAGGCUCAGCAACUUCUGCCAGUGCCGUCGAGGUCUUGAAAUUCAGAAAGUCGUGUGCUGAGUACUUCGUGGAAUUUCACUUGCCCAAGUGUGGCUUCGGGGUCGAAGAUCUAUCAUCGCUGAAACGGAAGAUGUUCACCCACGAGGACUAUCGAAAGUUCGUCACGCCCAUGGCAGCGGAUGCCCUUCCUGACAACACCUGGCAAGCACAGUUUGCGAAAUCAUCGCUUUUGCUGAUGAAGCUGCUGGAGGACGUCUUGUACGGGACGGCCCUCAACAGCGCCCUCGUGACGUGUGUUAAGAAAGGCCAGCGUGUAUCGCCCCUCGAACUUGUGGAGCUGGAAACAUUCGCAGUCAGAUUGAAGGCGUGCGUGGAGCAACGGGAGAAUGAAGUGCAAGCUGAACGGGCAUUGGUUGGCGAGGAGACGAAGGCUGCCGCCGAGGAGACUGAAGAGAGCCAGCUGGCAAGUGGCAAGAAGGCACCUGUCCCCUCGAAUUACCAACGAGGGUCCCCAGAGCAUUGGGUCGCCACCGCGGCCCAGCAACUGAACGUCUACAUCAAGCUCAUCGCUGAGCCGGACACCCAAGCAGGCAUCGAGAAGGCCAUCGUUGAGUCACCGCUGAGCAAGUCUUCCAUCGAGGGGGCAGUUGGCAAAAACAUGGUCAUGCUUCACAUCGAUGCGGACCUUUUGGGGGAGUCCGCGAAACGGCCUGGCUAUCGUGCGCCAUCAAUCCCUCCGGACAUCAUCAACAAGCUGGUCUAUGGGGCCCUGCGCGGGCGAGGAGCUCGCCCCGUUGGCUCUGCUGCUGAGCCGGAUGUUCCUAUUAGUGGUGAUGCCCUUGUUGUCUGUGAUGCUGGGCGGUGUCCUUCUACGAUGUUGGCACCUUUCAAGCAGCACUCCAAGCGUGCUGGCCUGAGCCAUUACAUCGAGCAUGCGGAGAUCGUCCUCGCUUUGGCCCAGGACUCUGUCAAGGAGAAAAGAGCAAAGAACCGCGGCAGCAUUGCGCAAGUCAUGCGCUGGCACAUCUUGUCGCAGGAUCCUCUGGCGAAGAUGGUCCCGGAAAGGAAGUUCGAUAACUUCCCAGGAACCAACCGGGGAACGAUCAUCGGGUUCAUCGGGGGUCUGUCUAAGCCUCCAGACACAUGGAUGUCUACCGUGGAGAACAAGAAGGUGGUGUACGGGAAUCACAUUUUCGGAUCCGAUGCCAGUGCCAUGGACGACGAUGACGGCCCGGAGGAUGUGGCGCGCGCCGCGCAGCAGAUGGAGCCGGUGUUUUUCAACUUCCUUCCUCGGUUGCUCUACGAGAACUUCUUGAAAGCCAACAACGUCAUCGGAGUCCUUGAUCUGUCUCCAGGACAGGGUGAACUUUGCCGUGCCGCUUUGGACAGACGCAUUCCUUACCUGGGAAUAUGCAUGACUGAAGCCCACUCCCUUCAAUUGAAGACCGAGAUGGUGAACCAUUUGAAGACACAAAUGGCGACUGAAGGCAGCAGCUUCUACUCGGCAGAGUGGGCUGAGAUCGCAGGCAAGUCCAAGACGACGGCGCCAAAGAAUGAGAAGCCAGAUCCAGCGCCCAAGAAGACGAAGAAGGAAGAUGACAAGAACGACAAGAAGAAGAAGAAGGGGGGCAAGCGCAAGCUCCUGCCAUCAUCAUCAUCAUCGUCAUCGUCCAGCGAGUCUUCAGAGAAGCCCCGCAAGGCCAAGAAAACCAAGUGA